AUGGAUGAGUUCCUGACCACGCCGGCGGAGCUCACGUGUACCGCGGCCCCACACCUCGUGGAAAUGUCCUCAGAGCCCGACAGCCCGGGACCCUCUGAGAUCAGCGAAGGCAGCCUCACCCUACCUCAUGUCGUAGCUGAGAGCGGACCUGCGUGCCAUCUCGCAGGCGAUGUUCACUAA